CAGCACUCACCACCGCCUCCACCUCAUCACCACACCUCCACAGCGUCCUCCACCCUCCCCUGCACACCUCCAAAUCGUUGAGUUGCCGUUACUGUCGCUGGGACUCCGAGUUUUCUCUCACUUUUCGUUAGAUAAAAUCAAUGCGGGAAGGCGGCUGGCAUCGUGGCGUGAGGGGCGGAGCUUAGCGGUCUGCCCACGUGCUGGUCUGUCUGAGGCCUGCACACCGUAACUACAACACACACAACCUUGCCAUCACGCACACGGGUUCUCAAGGCCUCCAACUACAAGCCUGCAUGCACUAAACACCCCCGAACGCCUUAGUUACAGCGGGAAAAUAGCGUGAAGAGAGGGGGCGGUGGCACCCUAGCGACCGACUACGCAGAUGACAAGAAGAGCGGCAGCGGCGGACUCAGACUUCGAGUAGCGGCGAAGCGGUACGGAGGGAGCGCGAAGUCACCGGCAGCAGGGAGAGCCAGGACAGCAGGGAGCAGACAGUGACAGCAGGAGAGGAGAGCGUAGUGGUGGCUGUCUGUGUGCCUGUCAGUGCGCCAUGGGUCUUCUGUCAGAGGGUACGCCGCUGUCCUGGCCGCAGACGAAACAGUUAGCGGACCACGUGAGGGAACAUGGUAUACGGCAAUUCGUCAACCAGUACCACCAGCUCAAGGGCCGCCAGGGGGACUGCCUCAAGUGGGGGGACGAGAUCGAGUACAUGAUCAUCAAACUGGACCACAAGAACAGGAAGGCCCGGCUGUGUCUGCGAGGCUCCGAGCUGCUCGAAGUGUUACGCGAAGCAGAAGAAACCAACCCAAGUUAUGAACUCCAGUCCCUGCUGCAGCCUGACGAGGUGAUCCUGUCCCUCACUAACUUCCCCAGGUUGGGUUGCCCCGACUUCGCCUAUCCACCCGCCUGGCCUGACCCCAACAGCGGGGCCUCGCGCUCCCUCUUCUUCCCCGAGGCGGCCAUCACACAGAGUCACCCGCGCUUCAAAACACUCACGCGCAACAUUCGGGAGAGGCGGCAAGAAAAAAUUGCCAUAAAUGUCCCCAUCUACGUCGACCUCAAGACCCCGAGGCCGUUCGUCGAGGACCUGGGGAAGUACGGGGACGACGGGAGCUCAGCGGCGGCUGCCAAGAAGGAUCACAUUUACCUGGACGCAAUGGGCUUCGGCAUGGGGUGUUCCUGCCUCCAGAUGACCUUCCAGGCGUGCAAUAUUAACGAGGCGCGCGUCCUGUAUGACCACCUGACGCCCAUCUGCCCCAUCAUGCUGGCCCUCACCGCCGCCUCCCCAAUCUACCGUGGCUACCUCUCUGACGUGGACUGCCGGUGGGACAUCAUCGCAGCCUCGGUGGACUGCCGCACCCGGGAGGAGCGAGGCCUCGAACCACUCAGGAACGACAGAUUUGUGAUACCCAAGAGUCGCUACGGCUCGGUGGACUGCUACCUGUCCGAGUGUGGAUCCAGGUACAAUGACAUUCCUUUGGUGUGCGACAAGGAGAUAGAACAGAAGCUGCUGGACAGCAAGGUGGACAAGGAGAUGGCGCAGCACAUUUCCCACCUCUUCAUCAGGGACUCCAUCUCGCUCUUCUCUGAAAGGAUUCACCAGGACGACGUCAGGGAGAUGGACCACUUUGAGAACAUCCAGAGCACCAAUUGGCAGUCCAUGCGGUUCAAGGUGCCGCCCAUCAACAGCAACAUUGGCUGGAGGGUGGAGUUCAGGCCGUGUGAGGUGCAGCUGACGGACUUUGAGAACGCCGCCUUCGGGGUGUUCAUCGUGCUGCUGACCCGCGCCAUCCUCACCUUCAAGCUCAACAUGCUCAUCCCAAUCUCGAAGGUUGACGAGAACAUGAAGAACUGCCAGAAGCGCAACGCCGUGCUGGAGCAGAAGCUGUGGUUCAGGCGGGACCUGUUCCGCCGCGACAGUGACAAGGGCGACGACGCUAGUCAGAUGACUGUCAAUGAGAUCAUCAACGGAAAGGGGGAGAAGUUCGUGGGCCUGAUCCCCCUGGUGAAGCAGUACCUCGGGGCGCUGGACAUGGACGCUGACACGGCCUGCACCAUCGGCCAGUACCUCAACUUCAUCAGCGCUCGGGCGUCCGGGGCGGCCAUGACCACCGCGGCCUGGAUGAGGAACUUUGUCACCACACACCCGGAGUACAAGCAAGACUCGGUGGUGAGCGACGGCAUCACGUACGACCUGAUCAUCGCCGCCAGCGAGAUCACUCAGGGCAAGCGUGAGUGUCAGGAGCUGCUGGGCGGGAUUCCCAAGACCAAGACGUCCGAAGACAUUCCAAAGGCCAUGAAGAAGAUCAUCCAGAUGACCUGCCUGGCCCCGCGCAACGCAGAGUGAAGGCCGCCCCGCCGCAGAGGCUUGGCGCUGGCGGGGCGGCGGUGGCGGCAGGACCUUCCCUUCAGCAGUACUGGCAGCACACUCACUUGUUUGUACCCGGCCACGACCACCUCGGUCAGCACCUCAACAAUGGGACCAGACUCAGCCAGCAGCCUGCACCACCGGCCCGUGGCGCCGCCGUGCGGGCCGCCUCUGGCCCACAAGACGGGCGGGAGUUUGCACCAACUCUUGUUCCCCUAACACUUCCCUCGGGGGAGGCAGGACCAAACCGUGCACCAAAAUUACUCAAUUCUCUUGAGGACACGUGCCAUGAUGAAUUACCUUAAUGAUGCUUCACUAAAUUAGUGUGACCCGGGAUGACUGGUACAGUCUGUGCAAGAGAACACUUAGGGAGUUAUGACUGAAUGGAUAAGGAUAAGAACAGUGACGGGGGGGGGCUGCCCCCUGGGGAAAAGUCUGCUAAUUGGAUGAAUCGGUGAGGGACGUGUGAACCCUCCAUGUAACCUUGUCUGCUGUGUCCUGCAUGUCUCCUGCUGUGCAGAAGGUUGGCAGUCACCUCAGUGAAGGUUUGGCUCUUGGUUAAGAGUAAAUGGUCCAAUAUUACACUUGAUGGCAAUGCUGGAGUAAGAGUAAAGUUUUCAUUACCAGGUGAGCCAAGGCAUAAUACACAUGAGGCUUACAUAACAGAGUGCCUGCCCUUGGUAGUCAUGAACUGCCAGGUGCUCCAUCACACACCCUGAGUAGUGAGGCAGGUAGGUCCAGGCUGAGGACUUGUAUCACAGUAGUACCAUGAAGUGUAUUCCUGGCUGAUGCAUGGGACAGUCUAGUUCACCCGGCCCCCAGACUCAGUCCACCGCCCGCAGUCAGACUGUGGGGCCGGUGGCUGUGCUCCGGAGAGGUGCCGGGCGCCGCGCCCCGCAGUGCACGGCAGCGGUGGGUGUUGUCACUGUUUCUGGCGCUGCCGUCACCUUAAAAUAUUCAAUUAGCAAUAUGUAUACUGUCUUUCUUAAAGAAUAGCUUUACAUUAGAAGUCUAUAUACAUACUAGAAGAACAGUUUCCUUCAUGCCAAGAGAACCAUUACAAGUCGCUCUGGCACUUGUCUUUCAUAUUGUACUUUGGCUGUCUGGCAACAUGACCACUAGAUUCGUCGGACAGUGUGACCAAAAUUUUGCAUGUACAAAACCAAAGGAUCUUUGCAGUUUCUCAAAUAUCUAGAAAAAUUUACUUGCUUAGUAAAUAGUCACGGAGUAGAUGAACCCUCGACUUACUAAGCAUGAGUACACAGUGUACAGUAGCCUCACCGAGGAGUCUUAGCGACGUGGCAGCGGAGAGAACAGCAGCAGCGUGGUGGCACUACCUUCACAAAGCUCUGUUAGUGCACAGACAAGACUGAGGCCAGGACAGAACUCAGGCAAAACCAAAACCUACAAGACCAAGAUUAUAUCCCAGGCAGCUGAACCCUUGAGCCACAACAGCCAAGCCAGUCAGUGAAGCACAACCAUUGGCAGCAAAGGCCACCAUGCACAGGGCUGGCUCGUCAUGGAGGUCACCACUCCGGAGACCAUCGUCCAGCACUUCAAGCUUGUCCCACACGUGACCCUCGCCUCUGUGCUGGAGGACCUUCUUACUUCGUCACAACGUGUGUGUGUGUGCAACCUCACCUACUGCCUUCACUGUUCGGCUUGUCACCCACCCUCCACUGCUGGAGGCCAGGCUCUGCUGCUGUCUGAGAGGAAGGCUCGGCGCAGAGACCCAAGAAAGUACAAAGAAAGCUAAAUACGAGGGCAGUGACCAACACACGAGGACUCGCUGGAGAGACGCAAGGGCUGGCAAGGCAGUGUCUGACGUGAGCGGCGUGCUUUCCAAACCUACAAGUGCAUAAUUACUAUUUACUAUGAAUGUACCUUUUAAUCCAUUCCUGGUCUCAUGAGGAGGACUUCUUGAAGGACUUGUACACUAGCCACGCACCGAGUCCCGUUGACAGCACAGCACCGGACCUGAGGGGGAGGGGAGGCGCCGUGAGUGUGGCCUGGCCCUGGAGCUGUGGCUGUGAGGGCUCGUAGGUCCGGAGUCCUCCCUUGCUUUUUAUUGAUCCAUCUCUGAUAUUCAUUACUUCAAAACAAUAUACUGAGCAUGCAAACACC